AUGCGCUGUGGGCUCGCGUUCUGGGCGCUUUGGGCGCUCGAGGUGGUCGCCGGAGCGCAGCCGUCGCUCGCUGACUCGCAACGGGGCACAUGUCUCACGCCGGCGUGGGUCACAGCGACUGCUGCCAAGCACAACCUCGACCCGUCAGCGCGCGACGCGCAGAACCGCCGCAAGAACCCAUUGCUGCAGCCAGGCAUGAAAAUGCCCCGCUUCACGCUCACGGACGCCCGCAUGGACAUCCCAAACAUCUUUGGCUCGUGCAUGCAACCCGGCGAGAUCUUUCGUGGCCUCGGCGAGACGGUACAUCCAAACGGGUCGCAAGCAAGCGUCGGCGUCAUCAAGGGAACAGUCGUCAUGGAGCGCAACGCAUGGCAGUCCCACGACCUCUCGCGUGUUGUCUUGACCAUCUUGCUGCAGGAAGUGGUCGGAUACGGUGUCUCGAUGUUUGAGACGGGGGGUGGUCUCUACUGUGCCGAGCGCAUGUCGGGCCAGGGCCGCGGCCGCUGCUCGCCGACGCACAUCAACCCCGAGGUCUGGCCGAGCGGCAAGCUCAGUACGCUCAACGUGUACGCCAACGAGACAGCGCCAACGACCAACGGCUACAACGGCGUUGGCGGUCUGUACACGCUCACCGACAACAUCGACGAGGCGCUUAAGGGACCAAUGUCGACCAAAGGCAACUUUUCGAGACCGUACUCGAUCGACUUUUGGCGCGAGUUCAACUGGAGCCAAGAAGUGAUCGACUUUUACAGCUACACACGAGCCAAUGUCACGAGCCUCGUGCAAAAGAGCGCGUGCCCAGACGACACAUUUGGGUGCAAGGAUGGCUGCUCCAAGUCCUACGCGUGCACGCAGGCUGAGCAGCAAAACAAGUCGUGCAUUCUGGUGGCGCUCAUGGAGUCCGCGUACGACCCGGGCUACUUCCAGUCCAUCGUCGCCAACAACCAUAUUCCCGCGUACUUUUGCUUCUUUGGCUACACGGGCAUGAUCAAUUACGUCAUCAACGUCAUGAACAGCGGCGGGUCCGUCAUCUUUUACGAGUACGAGCCCGACAGCCUCUUCUUUCAAUACCCGGGCAAGUUUACGCGUAUCGCGUUUCCCCGCUCGGAUCCCGCCAACGUGGCGCUUGCGACGGGCUCGUUUGGUGAGAAAGGCUACGGCAACGAGACCACCAACCCGCUCAGCACCGACUACCCGACGAUCCCGCUCAUGCGCUACAUGUCCAAAGUCGUCACGACCGACACGUUUCUCAACUCGUUCCUCACGCGCAUGCAACUCGCCCCGCUUGACAUCAACAACAUCUUUGCCGACUACGAAGCGUUUAUGGCUAACGCUACGAUCGCCGACCCGGUUUUCAACGCUGCUUGCAAGUGGGUCCAGAACAGCUACCUCACGUGGAGCAACUGGGUCGACGCGCUGCCUCUCUGCACGAUGCAGUCCAACAUUCAGUACACCUUUAACGGCUGCAACGCGUCGACGCGGGGCGGUAUCGUGGUCGUGCCCCCGUCGUACGCCACGAGUAAGUCGUGCGACUGGCUCAGCGCCAACACCAAGACGUGGAUGAACUGGAUGAGCAGUCCGCCGAUCUGCGAUGCCUCGUUCUACAACUACACGGUCACCGACUGCACGUCCGGGUCGAUCCGCGACGUGCUCUUCUACUGGCUCUUGCCCUCUCCGGGCAACUAUGCGCUCAGUAGUGAGUGCAGCGGCGGCAUCGCGCUGCCCACCAACACGACCAUCGACUGCGACUACGUCCCCGUCAACUCGGGCACGUUCACGGGCAUGGCGGCGUUCGCCGUCAUCGUGCUCGUCAUGCUCGUCGUCAUGAGUCUCCUUGUCUUCUUCUUCCGUGACAAACCCGUCAUCAAGCGGUCGCAGUGGCACCUUCUCUUGGUGCUGCUCCUCGGCGGCAUCCUCAUGUGCAUUUACGUCAUUGUGGGCGGCGGCGCGCCCUCCGACGUGGUGUGUGGCGCGCGGCCGGUCUUGGCCUCGGUCGGCUACACGCUCGCGUUUGGGUCGCUGCUCUUAAAGUCACUUCGCGUCUACUUGGUCUUCCACAACAAGGCGCUCAAGAAGAACGUCGUGACCGUCACGCGCAUGCUCCACUUUCUGCUGGGGUUUCUCGGGAUCGAUCUCGUGAUCCUCGGCGUCUGGUUCCUCGUCGACUUUCCAGGUCCGAUGUCGCAGGUCGAGGCCGCAACGGCGUUCUCGGGGUCUGUCACGCGCUACGGCUGCCGCUCGUCGAGCUUCAUCUUCCCCGUGCUCUGCAUCUUCUGGAAGGCCAUCAUCACGUUCAUCGGCUUGUACGUCUCGUUCCUCAUUCGCCACGACGACGGCGACUUUCAAGAGUCGAUCUGGAUCUUCUCGUCGGCCUGCGUCGUGCUCAUGGGCUCGCUCUUCAUGAUCUCGCUCGCGUACCUCGUGACGCUUCCCGCUGCGACGACGUAUGCAUUUUGCUCGGUCAUCACGCUUGUCUGCACGAUCACGGUCAUGGGCCUCAUGCUUGGCCCCAAGUUUGCGCGUCUGAACCGCGCCGACUACAAGUCGUCCAACACGACGGGCGGCAACACAAAGCGCACAGUGUCGGUGACGUCCAACAAGCCGUCGAGCCAAGUGAGUCAAAUGCCGAUGCAGUCGAUGAAGAGUCCGCGCGACACGACGACCCAAUAA